AUGGUUGUUGGCAACAUUUAUGUGAUUGCUGCAGUGGCAGUCGUGGGCGGUGGCCUUUUCGGUUUUGACAUUUCGUCUCUGUCCGCCCAGCUUGGAGAGCAGUCUUACCUCUGUUACUUCAACCAAGGUCCUCAUGGUCCUCCUUUCACCCAGGAGAAAUGUUCCGGUCCUCAUGAGUUGGUUCAGGGAGGUAUCACAGCCUCCAUGGCUGCAGGCUCUUGGCUGGGAGCUCUCAUCUCUGGCCCUCUCUCUGAUCGCCUAGGCCGUAAAUACUCCAUCAUGGUUGGAUGUAUCAUUUGGGUCGUUGGCUCUAUACUUUGCUGCGCUGCACAGAAUAUCGGCAUGCUCAUUGUUGGACGUAUCAUCAAUGGUCUCUGUGUUGGUAUCGAGUCAGCUCAGGUUCCCGUCUACAUUGCUGAAAUUUCCCCACCAUCCAAACGUGGCCGCUUUAUCGGCAUGCAACAGUGGGCUAUUACAUGGGGUAUUCUCAUCAUGUAUUACAUUUCAUACGGCACGUCGUUUAUCGGGGAGCAAAACUUUAUUGGCUGGAAGGCUGAGUCUUUCAGAAUUCCGUGGGGCUUGCAGAUGAUUCCUGCCGUCUUCCUCUUCUUUAUGAUGAUGAUUUUGCCCGAGUCCCCCCGUUGGUUGGCCCGCAAGGACCGCUGGGAGGAUUGCCGAGCCGUAUUGGCCCUUGUGCAUGGAAAGGGUGAUGCCGACCACCCCUUCGUUGCUAUGGAACUCCAGGAUAUUAAGGAUAUGUGCGAGUUCGAGCGUCGCCACUCCAACGUCACUUACUUGGAUCUAUUCAAGCCUGACAUGAUCAACCGAACGCUUAUUGGCCUCUUCACACAAAUUUGGUCGCAGCUGACUGGCAUGAACGUCAUGAUGUACUACAUUGCAAAUGUCUUCACCAUGGCUGGGUAUGAGGGAAAUUCCAACCUCCUAGCCUCGUCUAUUAGCUACGUCAUUAACGUCUUCAUGACCAUCCCGGCUCUCCUUUGGGUUGACCGCUGGGGCCGUCGUCCUACUCUUUUAGUCGGUUCCGUUCUCAUGGCCACCUGGAUGUAUGCCAAUGCUGGUAUCCUGGCCUCGUAUGCGGAAAUUAUUCCCGGAGGCAUUAAUAAUGUCGCAGCUCAGUCUAUGAAACUCACUGGUGCCCCUGCCAAGGGUCUUAUUGCCUGCACCUAUCUUUUCGUCGCCUCAUUUGCUCCCACCUGGGGCCCUGUCUCUUGGAUCUACCCACCGGAGUUAUACCCCCUGCGUCUUCGUGGUAAGGGUGUAGCUAUGUCGACAUCUGGAAACUGGGCCUUUAACACUGCGCUUGGUCUCUUCGUCCCACCGGCUCUUGCAAAUAUUAAGUGGAAGACGUAUCUUAUCUUCGCCAUCUUUAAUACGGUUGCGUUCUUCCACGUCCUUUUCCUUUUCCCCGAGACUGCUGGAAAGACUUUGGAAGAAACCGAGGCCAUGUUCGAAGACCCCAACGGUAUCAAGUACCUCGGCACACCUGCUUGGAAGACAAAGGUCGUGACCAAGUUGACUGACCGAGCUGAGCAUGGCGAGGUUGAUGCCAAGCGUGCUGCCGAGUAUAAGCUGUCUGAUGCUCACGAGCACGAUGUUGAGAAGGCUGCUACGCCUCCCCCCACCUCCUAA